AUGGCUGAGAAAAUUGACACAGCCGAUGAGGCCGCGUCGCAGGCGGUGGACAUGGCCAACCCAAGAACCUCGCAAGCACCCACCACGAGCAAGUCAUACUCUUUCUAUGUCUCAAUGUUCGGCCUCGCGCUGGUCGCGUUGAUUACCGCAUGGGAUGCAACUUCCCUCGCGAUUGCACUUCCGGCCGUUACGCAACAGCUGCAAGGGACCACUCUACAGUCCUUUUGGGCCAGCAUCUCCUUCAUCCUCGGAGUUGCAGUAACUCAGCCUAUUUACGUGAGCUUGUCUGAUGUGCUGGGCCGCAAAGUACCGCUGUAUGCGGCGACGGUCAUCUUCACCGUCGGCACCAUUAUCUUUGCCCUCGCGAACCAUAUGAUUACUCUAAUCGUGGGCCGGCUCAUCCAAGGCCUGGGCGGAGGCGGGCUAUAUGUGCUUCAGGACAUCAUAUUAACAGACAUGACGAGUCUAAAAGAGCGACCGCUGUAUCUGGGUUUGAUAUCUCUCGCCAUGGCCACGGGAACUAUCACAGGCCCUGUUAUUGGGGCUCUAUUCAGCAACUUCAACUGGAGAUGGAUCGGCUGGGUCAACCUCCCCAUCAUCGGGGUGGGCUUCUUCAUAUUUGUAUCCUUCCUCCAUCUCCGAGCUGUGCCCCUUUCGCUCCGCACCAGACUACGCCGACUCGACCUCCUCGGCAUGGCUCUAUUCUCUGUAGGUGCUGCUGCUGUAGCAGCACCCCUGAGCUGGGCAGGGGCAUUGUAUCCUUGGUCUGCGUGGAACACCAUUGUUCCUCUUACCAUCGGCAUAAUAGUGCUCGCUGUGUUUGGAUAUUAUGAGCGGCACCUUUCUUCAAAUUCGUUGUUACCUUUUCGCAUCUUCACAAACAGCACGGCAAUAUCUUCAUUAUCGAGUGGGUUUGUGCACGGAUGCAUUUUGUAUACCGUACUGCUCUAUAUCCCUCUGUACUUCCAAGCAGUACUCCUGGAGGUGCCUCUCGAGGCUGGAAAGUCAACGCUACCGGUUUGCUGCCUGACUGUGGCCUUCAGCUUCAUCGCACCCAUCAUUAUAGAGGUCACGCGGCGAUAUCAGGUACUCAUCUGGCUUGGUUGGAUCAUCAUUACACUGUCACUGGGACUCUGGUGUCUUGUGGACCAGAACACACCGCGAGCUGAGAUCUAUGUGUUUCAGGCUUUGCUCGGCGUCGGUUUAGGUACCGUGUUCACUGCAUCACAAGUCCCGAUGCAGGCAAGCAUGGACCACGUCGAUGACACCGGUCUGGCAGUUGGAACGCUCAUCGUGGUCCGGCUCUUUGGGGCGUUGAUCGGCCUAGCGACUGGCUCCGCCGUUUUCAGCUCUGUCUUUCAGAAAUCCAUCGCUCAGCUGGGACCAUUGCCGGAGGAUGUCAAGGUGUUGGAGGAUUCCAGCCAGGCAAUCAAUUUCAUACCCCAAUUGAGAAUGGUGGACAUACAGAACAAGUCUGCGCUUGUUGAUGCCUAUCGGAUUGCCUUCAGAGCCAUCUGGAUUGUGUUGACGUCCUUGUCUGGGCUUGGUUUCGUUGCCUCACUUUACAUCAAGGAUUUCACUUUAGAGAAAGAAGAGCUUAGCAGGCAAGGUUUCAAACAUUAA